AUGAGUCCCUUCCCAUCACCUGAAAAAUAUGAAUAUAUUUUGCUUGCUAUUGAUUAUUUGUCGAAGUGGGUGGAAGCUAUUCCUAUUAGAACUAAUGAUCAUAAAAUCGUGAUGAAAUUUGUGCAGAAAAAUAUUUUUUUGAGAUUUGGAUGUCCUAGAGUGAUUAUUAGUGAUGGAGGAACACAUUUUACAAAUAAACGUUUCAGGGAACUCUUAAAAAAAAAUGGAGUACACCAUAGAGUAGCCACUCCAUAUCAUCUCCAAACAAAUGGGCAAGCUGAAGUAACAAAUAAGGAAAUUUAG